AGGAAGUGGGACCAAAACAAAGGAGCGGCGGCCAAGAGCGGACCUGCCUCUUUCUGUCGCUUCCGUGGACGUCUCGGCCUGGCCGCCGACCCCAAGGCACAGUCUUGACUAUGUCCAACAUGGAGAAACACCUGUUCAACCUGAAGUUUGCGGCCAAAGAACUGAGCAGAAGUGCCAAAAAAUGCGACAAGGAGGAAAAGGCCGAGAAGGCAAAAAUCAAAAAGGCCAUUCAGAAGGGCAACAUGGAAGUGGCGAGGAUCCACGCCGAGAACGCCAUCCGCCAGAAGAAUCAAGCGGUGAAUUUCCUGAGAAUGAGCGCGCGGGUGGACGCGGUGGCUGCCAGGGUCCAGACCGCGGUGACGAUGGGCAAGGUGACCAAGUCGAUGGCCGGAGUGGUCAAGUCCAUGGACGCGACGUUGAAAACCAUGAAUCUGGAGAAGAUCUCCGCGCUGAUGGACAAAUUCGAGCACCAGUUUGAGACGCUGGACGUCCAGACGCAACAAAUGGAAGACACGAUGAGCAGCACGACGACGCUGACCACUCCCCAGAACCAAGUGGAUAUGCUGCUCCAGGAAAUGGCAGACGAGGCCGGCCUCGACCUCAACAUGGAGCUGCCGCAGGGCCAGACCGGCUCGGUGGGCACCAGCGUGGCCUCGGCCGAGCAGGAUGAACUGUCCCAGAGACUGGCCCGCCUGCGGGAUCAAGUGUGAUUGAUGGCAGACUCCCCUGACCGUGGCCCCCAAUCUGAAAGGCUCUCUGAAUUUGAGAGAGAGAGAGAGAUACUAAACACUAGAAACUCUGAACUGGCCAGAAUUCUGAUUUUUUUUUUUUCUGUUUCUUUUUCUUUUUCCUUCGAAGAUGCUUCUACCUUCCAUUCACAGCGCACUCUUGAUCAUUAAGGAAUCACCAGGCUUUCUCCACUCUUGGUUGGAGCUUAAAGUUCUGUGUCGUUUGUGAUGAUGUGUAUUUUUAUAGCUGCCUUUUAGCAGAGCUCAUUAAUUGGGUGUUUAUUACGAUUCUUUGUUUUAAAAAAUUAUUUUUGUCAAAACUCUAGUUUCUGUGUGUUCAGUUUUCUGCCCAAAUUGUAUUUUUUUUGUGUACUGUAGUCGAUAAUAUACAUAUAUAUAAUUGACAAGUGGUUCAUAAGGUUUAGAGGAAGGAAAAUAACUAACUUUGAUUACAGGGCUAUAAAGACCUCGUUCAACUUGUCUAGUGGGCAAUACUACUUUUCUGUAUCUUUUGGUUUAUGCCAUCAAUUUGAGAUUACAGUUGACUAUUAUUAACGAAUUUAUGCUAAAAUUACCUGAGGGCGGUCUUAACUCAAUGUUUACGUUCUUUUUUUGUGUAGUAGUUGACUUUUGUGUAAGGUGGGGGGAGCCUCCAUAACUCCCACUCAUUUUUUUUUUUAAAUAUUUAUUUCCUUUUGUUGCCCUUGUUGACUCCCACUCAUUUUAAGGAAAAAUUAAGUUUCCUCAUUUAUGGUUUUUAUUUACUGAGAGAUUUGAAGACGUGGCUUGGCAAGACAGUUUCAAAUGAGCUCUACCACAGGUCUAGUUAUUUCAACACUUUUAAUUAGUGUCCUAUCAAGUACGUUAAUCAAGUAUGUUAAUUAGCAUGACAGUCACAUUGCCAAAGAACUGGAUUGGUUUGAGAAAAUCUUGAAACUAUGUGUAGGUUCCCUUUUGAUUUCAGCAACCAGAAAUAGAAAUAAAAUUAGAACUGCUUUUUAAGUUCUAAUUAUUUGUACCAUUUUGUCUGAAAGCAAUUCUCUAGAAGCCUUGGGGAUAUAAAUUGGAAUGUUAUACUUAGACAUGAAAUACUUUUGAGUGUACAUCCUGCCAAUUAAGUCUUGUAAGAGGCAGGCUUAACCCAACUUGGCCAGAGCCCUGUAUUAUCUUCGUCUUCCUGGGAUGGCAGGGUGCAUUCUCUGAAAAGUAAAGCCACCACUGGCUCAUAGGCUCAAAAAUAAAGACUAGAAGUUGGCUUUUGCCUCAGAAAAAAAUGUUUUGAUCGAAGUUAAACUCUUAAGGAUUGUUUAAAAUGCCACCUUUCACUGGAAAAGUUUACAUAAUUCCAGUGUUUGAGAACCAAGUAUAGGGAGUCUUCUAGACUGUUCAGAGAUUCACAACCAAGUAUUUGCCAUUUCAACAUGUUUUUCAGGGUGAAUGACUAUAGGGUCGUAUGCAGGUGAGGACUGAGCCUCAUCUUUAAGUGUCUUUAUCUCCUGGUUGUUGCUCAUAAUUUUCUGCAGAGGACACUUGUUGAUUUUCUUCCCACUACUUUCUUUCUAAAGCUUGCCUCAAGGUGUCUCUUCUCAUCCACCUGGUUGCACAGAGGCAGCUUGUAUAUGAGCACAGCAGGCAUCAACCCCCUUUAGAGUGAAAAAACACAACUUUGAAAAAUAGCUUAGUGUUGAAUUGUUUGGUACAUUGAAGACCCUUUUAUAGUGAAAAUAUUCCCAACAAAAAUUAAUAUAUUUUGUGAGAUUAUCUAUGCUUGUAUAUGCUUGAACUUUCUUAAGAUGUGUUCAUUUCCAAGUAUAUGAAUGUACAUUUCUAUGAACCAUAAACAUUAUUUUCAAAAGCAUACAAGGCCCAUAAAUUAUUUCUUCGCUUUUGCAAUUGAUGAAAUGCUGAAAUGUAAACCACAGAAGUUUGUCAAAUAAAUCACUUUAAACGACA